ACAUUCUUCUUCACCUGCAACCUCCCCAAAACUUUCAAAAUCCCUUCAGUUUCAGUGUCUUUUCACCUUCCAUUUCUGCCAUUUCUCUCUUCGCUGGAGUAUUAUAAAUACCCAACACAUAACCAGUAACAAAAACGUACACCACAGCACAAAACCAACUGUUUUCAUACGUCUGUCAACUGAAAAAACCACCCACUCUCCACUGUUACUUCAAGUUUUUCCACUACCCAUCAACCAAAAAUGUCAAAAGAUUUCAGCUUUCAGUAUUUCCCGUUCGUUUCUCUAACUGGGUAUUCACCAUUUUUUGGAUUCGAAUGCAUUUUGUGUGUUGUUCUUAUUCUGCUGAUCUCCGUUUUUUCCUUCUUUUUGUCACCCGGUGGUCUGGCUUGGUCUGUUUACAAAGCUCUGUUUAAUCAGACCAAUGGGGUCUCAUCCAAACCUACUGUUCCAAUUCCUGGGCCGUCUGGUUGGCCAGUGGUUGGUAUGGUUUUAGCUUUUACUAGCUCUUUAACUCAUAGAGUUCUUGCUAAAACUUCUGAGCUUUUCAAAGCCAAGACUUUAAUGGCUUUUUCCAUUGGUUUUACUCGUUUUAUAAUCUCUAGCCACCCUGAUACAGCUAAGGAGAUUCUAAACAGUUCAGCUUUUGCUGAUAGGCCUGUGAAAGAGUCAGCUUACGAACUUUUAUUUCAUAGAGCAAUGGGGUUUGCUCCAUUUGGCGAGUAUUGGAGGAAUUUAAGGAGAAUUUCUGCCACCCAUUUGUUUAGCCCUAAGAGAAUCGCUUAUUUUGGCGGGUUUAGAGGUGAAAUAGGGCAAAAGAUGGUGGCUGAGAUUAAGGGUGUAAUGGAGAAAAAUGGUGUUGUUGAAGUUAAGAAAAUAAUGCACUUUGGAUCCUUAAACAAUGUUAUGAAGAGUGUUUUUGGUAAGAGUUAUGAUUUUAACAAGGAUGGUGGUAAUAGAGAAGCUUAUGAGCUUGAGGAUUUGGUUAAUGAAGGGUAUGAGUUGCUUGGGAUUUUCAACUGGAGUGAUCAUUUUCCAUUGUUGGGUUGGUUGGAUUUGCAAGGUGUGAGGAAAAGGUGUAGGAAUCUUGUUGGUAGGGUUAAUGUUUUUGUGGGGAAGAUUAUUGAUGAACAUAGAGUUAGAAGGGCUGAGAAUAUUGGUGGAGGAGUUGAUGAAAGUUGUGGUGAUUUUGUUGAUGUUUUGCUUGAUUUGCAGGAGAAUAAGCUGAGUGAUUCUGAUAUGAUUGCUAUUUUAUGGGAAAUGAUCUUUAGAGGUACUGAUACAGUUGCCAUUCUCCUUGAAUGGAUUCUUGCGAGAAUGGUUUUGCAUCCCGACGUACAAGCGAAAGCCCAAUCUGAAAUCGAUGCUGUUGUUGGCUCUAACCGACUAGUCAGCGAUUCUGAUCUGCCUAACCUGCCGUACCUUCAUGCCAUUGUCAAAGAAACUUUGAGAGUGCACCCACCCGGUCCACUUCUUUCCUGGGCGAGGCUAGCCAUUCAUGACACCCAAAUAGGCCAUCAUUUUGUCCCGGCAGGCACCACAGCUAUGGUUAAUAUGUGGUCUAUAACUCAUGACCAACAGUUCUGGUCAGAACCGGAGAUGUUCAAACCAGAAAGGUUUUUGGAAGAAGAUGUUCCGAUUAUGGGGUCCGAUCUUAGGUUGGCUCCUUUCGGUUCAGGACGUAGGGUUUGUCCUGGUAAAGCUAUGGGCUUGGCUACUGUCGAGCUUUGGCUGGCUCAGCUUCUUCAAAGCUUCAAGUGGGUGCCUAGUGAUGAUUUUGAAGUAAAUUUGUCUGAAAACCUGAAGCUUUCUAUGGAGAUGAAGAACUCUUUGGUAUGCAAAGCUGUGGCUAGGGUUUGUGCUUGAUGAUCAAAAAGUUUGGUUUGGUUUGAUGUUUUGAUCAAGAUUUUUGGACCCAACUUGUGUUGAGUUGAUUAGAGUAUUAUUAAGUUUAUUAAUUACUUUUAGAUUGUGAUGUUAGGUUUUUGCUUCUAUGGGGUUAUUAGUUUUAGCUACUAUUUUGCAGGUUUGUGGGUGUUCUUGUGUAAAAAAAGAAAGUUUUAACCAAUAUUAGGUAUUUGCUUAUGUUUAAUAUCCUAAAUCCCAAUUAUGUAAGCAAAAAAAACUUCUUUGUGCUCUUGUGUACAAGAUUCCCAUAUAUGAAUGCUUUAUAUUAGCUUU